AUGAACUUGUUUAGCUUGGUCAUCGGUGGAUGGAUCUUGAGUGCCAUGGUGGUUUCUUUGAAUUCGACCAAAUAUUCCAUGCCCGAAAUUAUUUCCAACCUUUUGGUUACAAAGAAAGAUUUGAGUCCACUGGAGAGGUUGCAAAACCGUUUAGAUGUGUUCCGUCAGGUGUUGGCCAUUAGGGAUGAUGAGGUGAAGGUUGAUGAGCUCCGGCAGUUUGUAACAGAUAGAGGAAUAGGUUUGAGAAAUGGAACUGAGAAUGGGUUAAAAAUGGGUACAGAGGAUGAAAACAGGGUUGAUAGAAAGGAUAGAGAGAUUUCAUUUAAUAGAGGAGAUAUUAAAGGUAGUGAGAUGGUUUUGAAAAGUGGUGGAGAGAAGGAAAUAGAAGAGGGUGAAGGUAUAGUACAGAAGAUAAAUGGAUCAACACUACUUGAGCAGAGUAGUGUAAUUGGAGAGAAGUCUGAACAACUUGAGAGAGAACAAUCUACUCAAUCUGAUCAGAAAUCCUCUGAAGAUCAGUCUAAUCAAUCCCAUCUUCCUGGUCAACCUCUUACGUCUCCCCAUCAACCAUCUAAAGACUCAGGAAUGACUGGGAAACAUGUGCAAAAUGGGAAGAAUCCAUCAUACAAGUUAUCGGUAGUACCCCAAUUCAAUCAACAUGCAAGACCUGAGGAGUACGUACCAAAGAACUUUAAGUACGCCAAACCUAAAAUCUCCUGGGAUAAUAGUGGAGGCACCUCCUUGAAAGGGAAUAUUGAGGCUAUCUCUUCUCCAGAACCUAUUCCAGAGGAAAUAUUGACUCGAUUGGAACUUCCUGUAAGAGGGGAAGGAGAGCCCGAGUUGGAAUACCUUCGUAGAAUAUACCCAGACAUGAAGAAAGUGUUUGAAGAGAAGGGUACUUCUCCUAAUGAUGAUUCUUUAAAUAGUAAAGAUGAUCAUCUAGCUGAUAAUCCACCUGAUGGUCUUGCAAGUAGUCCUCCUCCGGGAACAGAUGGGAUAGUUUAUGAAGAUGAUGAGUAUGUGUAUGAGUAUUUAUAUGAGACUGAUGAUGAAGAGGAAGAGAGCUACGAGGAAGAAGUGGAAACAACUCUCACCCUCCCUCCCCUCACGGCUACGGAUUCAACAUCCACUAGAUCCAGUCUUCUCACCUCACACUCCACUAUGACUACAUCCAACCAGACAAUCACUGUUUCCAAGAACAUCACUCUCAUCUCGACCACUAGCACGUCCUCCAUUUCAGUUCUGAGUUCGAAUUCGAGCAGACUCUCAUUAAACUUCCCAAACACCACAGUCUCUACCAACCGUGUUACAACUACUCGUACAAUCACAUCGAGGACCCGUGCACCCGACCAGUUCAAAGACUUCCACCAAGGGUUACCCGAAGAUGGACCCCGAGGUGGAAAGAACCGAGGAAGACUCCGGAACCAUCAAGGGAAAGGAGAGAGAAAUAACAGAAACCACACCAGAAGUGCCUUUGAUGUUUUCCGGUCUUUCUCUAGUAAUGCCCAGAGGAAAACUGAGCUUGGAACUACCCAGUGGGCCAUGAUUCUCAUACUUUCUAUAGCUAUAUACAUUCAAUAA